AGGAGAACUGUUUCCGGUGUGCCGCCGGAAGUAGCCAGUGUCCAGCAGCAGCAGCAGCAGCAUUUAGCUUUGUGGUUUCAUCUUGAUGUGUGCAAAGGACUCCAGGAAGAAAAAUGUCACAGCCAACCAUCACAGUCACUGUUGCAAACGGAUCAAAUAAGCACAGCAUCACAUUAACUGUGCCUGACGAUGGGAAUGGUCCGACUGUCAAAGACUUGUCAGAUGCUCUCGUUCAAACCACCGGAGUCCCAGCAGCCUCACAGAAACUCAUUUUCAAAGGAAAAUCGCUGAAAGACAUGGAGGAGAGUUUAUCCACCUAUGGGAUAAAAGAAGGCUGCAAGCUCAUGAUGAUUGGAAAGCGGAAUAGUCCUGAGGAAGAAGCAGAACUGAAGAAGCUGAAGGACAUUGAGAAAUCUGUGGAACUAACGGCUAAAAAGCUGGAGAAAGUAGACGGGGAGUUAACUGGACUCAAGAAUGGCUUCCUGGCCAAAGACCUGCAGGCAGAGGCUCUGGGGAAACUAGACAACAGAGUGAAAAUAGCAACUGAGCAGUUCAUGAAGAUUCUGGAGCAGAUCGAUGCCAUGAGCAUCCCAGAAAACUUCAAUGACUGCAAAAUGAAGAAGAAGGGACUUAUAAAGACAGUGCAGGAUUUCCUGGCCCAGUGUGACAAGAUCGAGGCCUGUAUAUCAGAUCACCUAACAAAGAUCCAGUCGAAAAACCUUGCCCUGGCAGAGUAGUGCAACAAAGCCUCCCUCGUCUGCUAUACGUUGCUCUGUGAGCAACUGCGACGUGUACAGAAAGCUUCGAGUGUGGAGCAGACCCUUGUUUAUUUAUUGUUGGUGUGAAGUGAAAUCCCUCAUCACAGACGGUCCCGGGAACAAAAGGAGGCUGGUUAACGACAGCGAUACAUUCUCUGGGGUAAAGACGGAUAUGAGGAGCUUUCUGAGAUAUUUUAACCACAGGCACUCAGAGGUGCUUCGAAUUGUGGGAAAUUAAAUACUGUGGGUCCUUUUAAUGCAUCUAAAACUUGUGAUCACUGCUCUGUACCUAUUAAAUUAUCCAUGAUGUCAGAAAAAUGAAAGAUUCGCCAGAAAAUGUGAAACAAGGAGAGAUCAUGAUUUUUCUUUUUUUUGGUACGGCAGUUUGUAAAAACAUUAGCAUACAACAGUAUGUGGACGACCAAGUAAAAUGAGACUCAGAAUCCAAAAUGAUUUAGUUUUCUUUGGUCACAGCCUGCACUGUUCUUAGGAGGCCUUUCUGUACAAUUUGGGAACUUGACUCCAGAGAAUUUCUCCAACUUCAGACACAAGUUUUGGGCAUUUACACCCUGUGCUCCAGGUAAUACCAAAAGAGUUGGGUGGGUUUGACUACAGGGCUCCGUGCAGGCUGGUCGAGUUGUUUCCACUUUCUCUCUGCAGCAGGAGUUGCUGAAUUUCUUUGUCAUGUUAGUAAGAUGAACAAAGAAAAUAAGGUGUCGCCCAAGACCACAGUACACAGCACUGUCCACACACUUUUGGCCACAUAGUGUAUGUAUUUACUGUUCCAUUACAUCAUGAGUCGGUACCAAACUAGCACCAUUUGUUUAUUGCAGUGAGUGUUCAUGUGUGUGAACUGUGGAGUUUCAUUUGCUCUAAACCAUUUCAGAAGGACACAACGGUUUUCCUUUGUUUUAAAAAAAUAAAAACUUUUUGAAAUAUGAAAA